AUGUCAUUAUCUACUCAACCCGAGACUUCUACUGAAGAUGCCGAAUACCAACAGCGCUAUCAGACUAUUGUGGAAAACCUAGCGUCAAUACGAGAAAAAAUGAAAGCGGUUGCUGGUGGAGAGAAGGCUAGACUGGUGGCCGUUUCUAAAAAGAAACCAGCAUCAGAUGUCUUGAUUGCUUAUAAAGCUGGGCAUCGCCAUUUCGGAGAAAAUUAUGUCCAAGAGCUUGUCGAAAAGAGCAAAGAACUUCCAUCGGAUAUCAAAUGGCAUUUUAUUGGGUCUCUACAAUCGAAUAAAUGCAAAACAUUAGCAAGAAUACCCAAUUUGUGGGUAAUAGAAACCAUAGACAGCAUCAAGAAGGCAGAUGCUUUAAAUAAAUCGUGUGAAUCUCGUGAUUCACCUCUCAAAGUGUUUAUUCAAGUCAAUACUAGCAAAGAAGAAAGUAGGGACAUUCGCAAGAAUGGUGUUGAAAUCGAAAAGUGCGUUCCGUUGGCCGAACAUAUUAUAGACAAUUGUAAUAACUUAGAGCUACGUGGUCUGAUGACGAUUGGCGCUGCCGAUUGGGAGCCAAGCCACGGGCCUAAUCCGUAUUUCCGCAUUCUUGUGACGUGUCGUGAUGAAGUUAAAAAGCAUGUCAAACAAAAGAAUGGAAUGGAAAUAGAUUUAAAGUUGAGCAUGGGAAUGUCGGACGAUCUUCAGGAAGCUCUUGAGGCCGGUUCUACGGAAAUACGUAUUGGUACGGCGAUAUUCGGUGCAAGACCUUCCAAAUAA